GUUGGUAAGUUUCGUAUACUGGUGCCUAUGCCUUUAGCGCUUUAAAGCGGCCAACUCACUUGGGUUCACUGGUGUGGCACAUGUCCUACCUGUAGCAUUUCACACCUGUCACUCAUUAGCCAACAACCUAUGUUCUUUCUAUGUACCUGUUGGGCUUUGCCGUACGUGCCAUGAGCCAAUGUUCUGCACUACUUUAAGGGUGGCAGGCCCUCUUCGUUCGACUGCAUAUGGUAGUCUUUUUCAUGGGACUGUGCCGUAACAACUGGAUAUUUAAAAAUAACCAAGCUCGAGCGAAUCGGUCAUCUUGGCUUGUUGCAACUAGGCACCAUCUUAUUCUCAUUUACCUUAGCCCUAUGCGCAUUUUAUUCUUUAGACUUCGUUCCUCUCAUCUCAUGUUUUAAUGUCUAACUAGGUAUCCUCUUGGUGGUCAAGACUAUCUAGCUCAAAUCAGAUCUAGUCGUUUGAUUACCAUAGCUAGUAGGCAACGAUGGCGGUUGAAAUACCCUCAGACGCCAGUUCCCAUUCAUUGGACAAAAAUUCGGAUCCGAAUUUAAGUAGCGAUCAAGGUGAUGUCGAGCUCUCCAAUGGCCAGAUCUCGGCAUCUGGUGAUCAAGAAGCUACGGUCUACGUCCAAGGUCCUAGAUUCUGGCUUAUUACUAUAUGCAUAGUAAUAAUGAUGUUCCUGACCAACUUUGAAGUUCCUGUUAUUGUCACGGCCUUAGUAUCAAUCACCGAUGAUCUAGGGGGCUUCAGCAUCGUGGGGUGGGUUGUCGCAAGUUACUUGUUGGGCUACGUAGCUGUCAUCGUCAUAUUUGCAAAGUUCAGCGAUAUAUUUAGCCGAAAGACUGUCUUUUUACUCUCCAUUAUGCUCUUCAUCGUUUUUUCUGCAGCGUGUGCCGCCGCGCAGACCAUGAUACAACUUAUCAUAUUUCGAGCGCUUCAAGGGGUGGGUGGUGGCGGAUCCUUUUCGCUCUGUACAAUCCUUAUCAUUGAGCUUGUCCCUCCAGAGAAAACUCCCAAAUUCGUUUCCAAUAUCUCCCUAUCCAACGCCCUUGCGUUACUACUAGGGCCUAUUAUCGGUGGUGCCAUUGCUUCCAACACUACUUGGAGAUGGAUCUUUAUCAUCAACGUUCCACUAGGGGUACCUGCGUUCCUGUUGGCAUUAUUUGCUAUCCCGAAAGACUUCCCCAACCAUACUCGACCAAGUCUCGAGGCAAAGAACACCGGCGUUUCUUUAGGAAAUAGGCUCAGGCGUAUUGAUAUCCCAGGCACAGUUCUGAUUCUGUUCGCCACGCUUGCCUUGACAGCCGCUUUCGAAGAAGCAGACAAGAAGUUUCCAUGGAAAUCAGCAUAUGUCAUCACCUUAUUGACAGUGUCAGGGCUCCUCUGGAUAUCUCUGAUUUUCUGGGAGCGCCAUGUCACACUCUCCAAUGGUGUUCGAGAACCAAUUCUACCUUGGAGAUUCGUGUUGAACCGCCAGAUGAUAGGCAUACUGCUAAACUUCGUCUUUCUAGGGGGGCCCACUAUCAUCGGCAUGUUUCUUAUCCCACAAAGAUUCCAGUUAGCCUAUGGCACUUCUAGUCUCAACGCAGGCCUCGCGCUGAUACCUUUUGGGGUGGUCAUAGCAGUCGGCUCCAUUUUCGCUUCGAUUGUCUGCGGGAAGUUCAAGGUUCCACCGCUGUACAUGAUGCUGGUAGGAUCUGGUCUUCAGGUACUUGGAUUCGCCCUCUUGGGCACGCUACCCGCGACUCUGGAUAUCCCUCCCCGAAUUUACGGGUUCGAGGUCAUUGCUGGCUGGGGCUGUGGGAUUAACUUCACAUUACUAUUCGUAGUAAUCCAAUUCGUGAAUGAGAAACGUGACAACGCUGUCGCCAUGGGGGCCGCAGCCCAGUUUAGGAUGAUGGGUAGCGCCAUGAUAUUAGCCAUUUCGACGUCGGUGUUCAACACCUAUGCACGUCCCCAGUUGGAAUCCCUCGUAGGGGUUUCGGAUGCGGAUAUAUUGCCUCGCCUUCUGCCAACAUUGCCCCAAGAACUUCAAAACCAAGUACGAUACGUCCUGGCCGAGGCAUACAAUCGGCAGACUCUUGUCUUGUGUGCUUCAUCAGCGAUGCAGAUACCUGUUACACUAUUUAUGUGGAAAAAGAAACAGCUUACUAUAUAAAGAAGUUAAUCAGCACUUGGCCCGGUGUUAAGUAGCCUGGCGGUAUUAGAACUGAUAGUCGACCAAGGUAGUGCUGUUGGGAUCUGAUUCCACCGCUAAACCAAAUAGUGAAUGAUUUAUCAUUUAUUAUCUCCAUGGCUGUCUUCAGCUUAUGUCAGUAUAUCUGACAGUUGGCUAUGCCCAAAAUCCUAACAUAUUUAUUGUAUUCUUUUUGAAGGCUUCUGUUGUUCAGACUAGAAAAUACCCAGAUAUGCAAACUAUAUUGUAGAAGUAUAUAGAAAUAAGGAUGCCUUAUUAGUCUAUAUGCGUGUGAGUUACUGCUUUCAUGGGUUACAUGUAUACAAGUAUCUAUUUCGUUUGGUAGCCCGGUAAAGUUCGGAGGUAUUUUGAUUAGAUAACAUUCGGAGGUCCGGUGUAAUGUGGUAGAGAUGGACCCAUAAGGGCGGCCCCACAAGGCUUGAAUCAGGAUCCGUUUAUCGUGCUUUAUCGAUUAGCUAGGUACAUAGUUAGCAGUACCUACGUAAUAAGCGCCAAGAUUUCGCUGCAAGACAGGUAUGUACCUAGGUAGUUAAAUGCACCCAAUCAACUCGCUG